AUGCAAACAGGGCUGAGCGUGAAGAACCGACGGUAAACCGACAGCAACCUGUUGGAUAGAAGAGCCCGGUGUGGUGUCGGUUAAAGGUGGCGAUGAGAGCUGUCCUAGCCUGGAAGGAAACGAUUCGUGACCAGUGCGUUUAUGACCUUGCCUUCAAACCAGAUGGCAGCCAAAUCAUCAUUGCAGCAGGCCUGCGUGUCCUUGUUUAUGAUGCGGAUGGAGCAAUUAUCCAGCCUUUGAAAGGACACAAAGACACAGUGUACUGUGUGGCCUAUGCCAAAGAUGGUAAAAGGUUUGCCUCUGGGUCAGCUGACAAAAGUAUUAUCAUAUGGACAUCUAAACUGGAGGGUAUUCUUAAAUACACUCACAAUGACUCUAUCCAGUGUGUUGCCUACAACCCUGUCACUCACCAACUUGCCUCCUGCUCUUCUGGUGACUUUGGUUUAUGGUCACCAGAGCAGAAAUCAGUGAACAAACAUAAAGUCAGCAGCAAAAUAACAUGUUGUGGGUGGACAAAUGAUGGCCAGUACCUUGCCCUUGGCAUGAUGAAUGGAGUCGUGAGCAUACGAAACAAGAAUGGAGAGGAGAAGGUUAAGAUAGAGCGUCCAGGAGGCUCCUCCUCUCCCAUCUGGUCCAUAUCCUGGAACCCUUCUAAGGACGAGCACAAUGACAUUCUCUCUGUGGCCGACUGGGGUCAGAAACUCUCUUUCUAUCAGCUCAGUGGAAAACAGAUUGGAAAAGACAGACCGCUCACCUAUGACCCGUGUUGCGUCAGCUACUUCUCUAAGGGCGAAUACAUAGUCAUGGGCGGUUCUGAUAAACAGUCCUCCCUCUAUACUAAAGAUGGAGUGCGACUCGGCACCAUAGGCGAGCAGAAUUCCUGGGUGUGGACGUGCCGGGUGAAGCCUGACUCCAACUUUGUGGUGUUGGGCUGCCAGGAUGGAACCAUUGCCUGCUACCAACUUAUCUUCAGUACAGUUCACGGCCUCUACAAGGAUCGCUACGCAUAUAGAGACGGCAUGACCGAUGUCAUUGUCCAGCACCUCAUCACAGAACAAAAAGUGAGGAUCAAGUGCCGCGAGCUGGUGAAGAAGAUCGCCAUCUACAGAAACCGCCUCGCCAUCCAGCUGCCUGAGAAGAUCCUCAUCUAUGAGCUUUAUUCAGAUGACUCCUCAGACAUGCACUACCGCAUCAAGGAGAAAAUAUGCAGGAAGUUUGAAUGCAACUUACUGGUUGUCUGCUCCCAGCACAUCAUCCUGUGUCAGGAGAAGCGGCUCCAGUGUCUGUCCUUCACCAGUGUCAGGGAGAAAGAAUGGGUGAUGGAGUCCCUAAUUCGCUACAUCAAAGUUAUCGGUGGUUCUCCAGGCAGAGAGGGUCUAUUAGUAGGGCUGAAGAAUGGAGCUAUCCUGAAGAUAUUUGUUGACAACCCGUUUUCCAUCACGCUGCUGAAGCUGUCCACCUCAGUGCGCUGCCUGGACAUGAGCGCCUCCCGCAAAAAACUGGCUGUGGUGGACGAGCACAACACUCUGCUGGUCUACGACAUCAACACUAAAGAACUGCUUUUUCAGGAGCCUAAUGCUAACAGUGUGGCUUGGAACACCCAGUGUGAAGACAUGUUGUGCUUCUCUGGCAGUGGGUACCUUAAUAUCAAGGCCAGCAAUUUCCCAGUGCACCAGCAGAAGAUGCAGGGUUUCGUGGUUGGUUACAAUGGAUCGAAGAUCUUUUGUCUCCAUGUCUAUUCCAUGUCAGCGGUGGAGGUACCUCAGUCAGCGCCCAUGCACCAGUACCUGGAGAGGAAGAUGUUCAAGGAGGCCUAUCAGAUAGCCUGUCUGGGUGUGACAGACAGUGACUGGAGGGAUUUAGCCACAGAUGCCCUGGAGGGACUUGACUUUGACACAGCAAAGAAGGCGUUCAUUAGAAUCAGAGACCUGCGAUACCUGGAGCUCAUCAAUAGCAUUGAGGAGAGGAAGAAGCGAGGUGAGGAAUACAACGAGCUGUUCCUGGCAGACGUCUUUGCCUACCAGGGGAAAUUCCAUGAGGCAGCCAAGCUCUACAAACGCACUGACCAUGAAUCCAGAGCCCUGAGCAUGUACACUGACCUGCGCAUGUUUGAGUACGCCAAGGAGUUUGUCAAAACAACAGACCCAAAGAGCACUCGGAUCCUGAUGACCAAGCAGGCCGACUGGGCUAAGAGCAGCAAGGAGCCUCGGGCUGCAGCAGAGAUGUACCUGUCAGCUGGAGAGCAUCUCAAAGCCAUUGACAUCAUCGGCGAACACGGCUGGGCAGACAUGCUGAUCGAUAUUGCUCGUAAGUUGAACAAGGCUGAGCGCGAGCCACUGGGAAAAUGUGCACUCUACUUCAAGAAGCUGAAGCACCAUGGCUAUGCCUCGGAGAUCUAUUUCAAGAUGGGAGACUUGCAGGCUCUGAUGCACCUGCAUGUGGAAACCCGGCACUGGGAAGAGGCCUUCUCACUAGUGGAGAAAAACCCACAGUUCACAAGUGACGUCUUCGUGCCUUACGCCCAGUGGUUGGCUGAGAACGACCGAUUUGAGGAGGCACAGAAAGCAUUCCACAAGGCGGGGCGACAGAACGAAGCUGUGAAAGUCCUGGAGCAGCUUACCCACAAUGCAGUGGUGGAGAACAGGUUCAAUGACGCUGGGUAUUACUACUGGAUGCUGUCUAUGCAGUGUCUGGACAUCGCCAGAGAAGAUGAAAAGCAGAGGGAUGAGAUGCUGAAGAAGUUUGAGCAUUUUCAGCAUCUUGCUGAACUCUACCACGUCUAUCGCUCUAUUCAGCGUUACACGGAUGAGCCCUUCAGCUCCCACAUGCCAGAGACGCUCUUCAACAUCUGCAGGUUCCUCCUGAACAACCUCACCAAGGACAAACCACGAGGCAUCUCUGAAGUUAACACCCUGUAUGCCUUGGUCAAGCAGAGUGAAAAACUGGGAGCAUAUAAACUUGCCAGGUAUUGUUAUGAGAAGCUCCAGGAGUUGUACAUUCCCUCUCGCCUCCAGGACUCCAUAGAGCUGGGCAGCGUCAAAAUCCGCUCUAAGCCUUUCCACGACAGCGAGGAUCUGAUUGAGGCCAUGAUGUGCUACCGCUGCUCCACCAACAACCCCCUGCUGAACAACCAGGGGAGUGUGUGCAUCAACUGCAGGCAGCCUUUCAUCUACUCAGCUUCUUCAUAUGAGGUGCUGCCCCUGGUUCAGUUCUAUCUGGAUGAGGGCAUCAGUGAUGAGGAGGCUGUGUCUCUUAUUGACCUGGAGGUUCCUCAAAAUGAUGACAGGGAUGCAAACCAGCCAGAGUUGGACAGUGAGAUGCAGUCUUUGAGGCUGGAUGAGGCUGCAGAUGAAGCAGAGGACGACCCAUUCACUGCCAAAAUGAGCUUUGAUCAGGGGGGCUCGACCUUUGUCCCCAUCAAGGUGAGUCGCUCAGCGCUGCGCUCCAUGAGCAGGAGGGACGUCCUGAUCAAACGCUGGCCCAGGCCGCUCAAGUGGGAAUACUUCCGCUCUCUGCUGCCAGAUGUGAGCAUCACCAUGUGCCCCACCUGCUUCAAGAUGUUUCACAGUGAGGACUACGAACUCCUGGUGCUUCAGCACAACUGCUGUCCGUACUGUCGCAGACCUAUCGAUGAACCAAACUGACCUCCCUACAUCUACGGCAAUUAAUCUGUUAUGUAUUUGGGGGGGGUCAGAGUAUCUUGGCAGCACAGAGAGACUUAACAACAAGCAGCUCUUUAAAACAUUUCAUAUUUAGGACUCCAUGCUGAUGAGGCCCAGAGGCAUUGUCUUCGGGUUGCCCAUCGCUCUUUGUCCCAUGCUUGUGAACAUCCAUCUUUCAAGAACGUCCUUGAGGUGAUUUCCUCAAUGUUGGUACUGAUUAGAUCUUGGUGGUCAAAGGUCAAGUUCAUGUGUGACCUCACCAAACAUUUUUUUGACCUUGUGAACACAGCAUUCGAGGAACACCUUGAGAAAAUGUCUUCAAACUUACGUACAAGUGUUCACGUGGAUUCAAAGAUGAACUGCUUUGAUGCUUGCGGUUGAAGCUCAAAGGACAAUGUCACAGUGGCCUUAUGUUCUUGUGUGAUAGAUAUUUUGACCUUCCAAUGUUUUCAUGCAUCUUAAUACAGUUGUUACUACUUAGACACCUAUAGGUUUAAUAUCAUGUGAAUGUUUAGCUUCUUGAGCUGGAGAAACACCUGUAAUGUUUGUGUGUUUGGUCAUAACAGAGUUUAAGAAAAGUGCCCAUCAGCCAAUCUGCUCUGCGGGAUUAUAAGGAUCAGAUCACCAAGAGAUCUCACUGAUUAUCUCAUCACUUGAAAGGGAUUGUGAGUGUACAGUGUAAAAUAUGUCACUAUGAAACAUAUUUAUUU